CUGACCUGAAAGAUGUCGUCUUGUCAUUAUGUCAGGAUACCCCACUGCUCUCUGUGUGGACAAAGAUUUGAUAGAUUCUCAUCCUUCUGCUUGGUAAUCUUUCAUGAUACCUCUAGUUCUGACACAAUGGUCACUCGGUCUAUGACCUUCCGGGAAGAGGACCAUACAAUCUAUUUGGAAGAUCUGGAUAUUUAUAUCCACGACUUUCCACGAAAGAAAGCAAGAUAUGCCCCUUCUGUGCAUAGUCUCUGCAAGACAGGGGGGGGGGCAGAUCUACCAAGCCCCCAUGCUAUCUACAAUUUUGGUCUUGCAAUGAUCCCGUUGAUAUGGACUAAGCUUCCACGGGAGAUCUACAAGAGUAAUACUCUCUUUGAAGCGGCAGACUCAUUGCUUGCAACUUCCCGAGGUAGAGAAUAUAAAGGCUCACUCUGGGAACUACUGGACAGAUGUAGGAGACUUCCAGUCGAACUGAGUCUGUUUAUUUGGGACUUUCUUCCUUCUAGUCCCGUCCGGCACUUACUUGCACUUAACGCUGCUAGAAGGAUUUGGCUGGAUACUCCUCUUUCUGCUGGUGGUGCGACUAUAUCUCUCCAAGGAGACAUCAUGAUCUAUCUUACACAACUUAUGAAAGACAGAUGUGUUUGUGGUAUUCGUCAGGGGCACAGCUUAUAUGGCCAUGAAAGCAGUCUCUUGAUAAACGUUCAGAGACCUGCUGCAAGUACCGCAUGUGUCUUCACAAUGGGACUUUACGGACUCCAAAAUGUGGAAUUCAUGGCAGAGACCGAAGAGAGCUUGACCAGCGGAGUCGACUCAGGGGGUAGUAAGUUCAUUAUUGUCAUUCCUUGCAAGCAGGAAAUGCCAUUGCAUGUGGAUGUCAAAUGGGAUGUUUGGAAGAUUUACCUCAUUAGCUCGCACGAUAAGUCAAUAUUCGGUCAUGAUUUUUUUUGGGUUCCUCCAGUUUCUUGCGGCCAAUUAUGUUGGCUCUCUCCGAACUCAUUUUAUAACUGGCCGCGGCAUUUCGACUUUACUACCCAGUCCCAGAGAUUCAUGACAUAUGUACCUCUGAAGAGAGAUGAACGAUUGUAUGGUCUUACAGCGUUUUGCUCUAGUGAAGGAUUUGUUGGCUUGGGAACUCACUUUUGCUCCUAUUCUCAUCAAGAAUCUUACACACAGAAUUCUUCAGUAUAUUGGUAUGGCAAACAACAUGGCUGUCCUAUUCAUGUUCAACUCGACGGCUCGGAUGCUAUAAGUUCAAUUUACGUUUACUGGCACAAAAAUGACUCAUUGUCAGGAUCCUACUUUGCUAUCACAACCAUCAAGAAUGAAUCAUUUAUUCUUGGACCGCAGUUUCCACCUUCUAGAACAGUCAUGAAGAAGAUAUAUAGCUCAGAUGAUGGUGAGAUCUUAGGCUUGUACUAUGACAAAAGUCCAAGUAUCACAAGAAUGACGAGUCUGGGUAUAAUUUCUUGUCCAAAGAAAUUAUCGAUUGACAGCGAUCAUCUCGCUUCCCCACUACUAUCGAACCACGAAUGUAUUUACUAUCUAAAUACUUCGCCAUUCACCAGCUUCAGUUCACAAGCCUCUUUGAAAGACAUUGAAAGGAUAGAAGCCUGCUACGUGGAUUCUCGGUGUACAGGAAUGCUUCUUCACUAUAACAAUGGCAGGAGACGCAUCCUAGGUCAGUGGUAUGAAAGUACUUACAUUCAGACGGAUAUCCAAGCAAUAUCUUUACCGAAAAACGCUUCGCUUCGAUUUCUCCUGACACGCAAGGGUCAUAGACAGCUUGUUACUCAUGUCAGUGCUCUAGCGUGUGCUGCUCCUGGCGGAAGAGAGGCAAAAUUCAUCGAUAUAGCCUACGGUGAUGUGAUGGUAUGGAUGUUUUCGGGCAACUCUGAUGCCAUUCUAUGUCUUCCAAAUAGUGCUCACUACAGAGAGGAGUAAAGACUAGUACAGUAUUCAUUCUACCUCUUUAUAUCAUGAUCUUGAAUGUAUACUGUGUAUUUCAGGA